AUGAACAAUAGUACCAAAGUUCAGCAGUGAAAGAACCGGUUGGGUGAUCUCCAGCUCAACUUGCUCAACAAUCCAUAUAAUUUGGUCAUGGAAGGCAAUAUGAGGAAACUUUUUACCGAACUGAAGGAGAUGUUAUGUUUCAAAGCUGAUAACCCUAAUCAUGCAAUUGAAAUCCAAAUGCAGGCAACUGCUUUCUUGAUCGACUGGAUUAGCAGAGGAGAGUUAGGGAGUAAGAUCAGAGAAGAUGAACUAGGAGUCACAAGGAAGUUCCACAAUAGUCCGAUGCAUGACUUUGAAGUUCAUUUUAAUAGACUUCUUUCUACUAUUGUCAGCAAUAUUGGAAAUACCAAUAUCGUUUAUUAUACAAAAACUGAAGAUGAUAUCCUUACUGCUGCAUCUCUCGACCAAGAAAUCUCUUCGAACAAAGAGUAUAGAAAUGGAAAGAAGAGAGUAAAAAUACAAGUGCCGGAUAAGCACCCUUCUAAGAGACAGGCUGAUUCAUCCUCUUCUCAAAGAGUUGUUCAUAUUUAUAAAUAACAUCGAAACUACAGUGAGUAAGAGAAGUAUUGAGCUACUUUUACUAUAUGCUGAGAGUUUUCAGAACUAUGAGCUUAUCACCAAAGCUCUUACUAUUCAUGGGAUAGAUCAUCCCGAUUGGAGGGUAAGAAUGAAUUGCUUGAUUACAGCCUCUGCUUUGCUUGACCAACGUCCUCAGUUGAUCCAUGAGAAUAACAACCACUUUCUACUGCUACUCGAAGCAAUCAUCAUCAGGAUCAAAGAUAGUGCAGAUUCUGUCAGAAAGCAAGCGAACAAGACUCUGGAAGAGCUGGUAGAAACUCAUUUUACAAAGCUACAAAAAUUAGCAUUCUGGAUGAACCCAAAGCAAAGAGAUGAUCUACUUAUUUAUCUUGAUGAGUGGGAGAAAACUCAAAUGAGACUUGAAGAAGAGCAUGGAGGUGUGGAUAACAACCUUAAGGGGACCGAAGAAGAAAAACUUGAACACCCUACUGAGAGAGAAAUUGAAAUACUUAAUGAAAAAGGUGAUCCAACAGAUUACUUACUAAUUGAAGAUCCUUCAUGGGCAAUGGCUCCUAAUGGCCUCUCUUUUGGAGUAAUUCCCAGAGAUGUGAUGAAUGCUGCUGAACUUCACAACCAUCUUGGAACAAGAGUAACUGCUCUUCGGGAGAUGGAGAAAAUCUUAGGGCAGGAUGAUAAUUUUGAACAUAUUCUAAAUUAUGGAUCUUUAUUCUGAAGAUACCUAUCCAUUAUUUUAGAAGAUCAUUCGAAAGAAAUUCUAAAAUCAGUGUUUAAAAUCCUCAAAAAGAUCCUUGCCAUUCCUGGUUUUGGAAAUAAAGUAAACUUUCAGAGGGUCUUGAUAGCUAUUAUUAAUCAUGUUUUCAAACAUAAGGAUGUUUCUGUGAGACAAGGAGCUCAAACUGUAGUCAAAGAUGUCAUGCUGACAAUGAAGAUCAGAACGUAUAUAAGUACUAUCACUGAGUCAAUGAUGGCUCAAGAAUGGAUUGUGAGGGAAGAAUGUCUCAGAGCUAUCAUAAUUGGUAUCCUUGAAACAAAUGAUCCUCAAUAUGAAGAUAUUGACUACGUUAAUCUUGUCGCAGCUCUUUCUCGAUGAAUUACUGAUGAAAAGCCCAAAAUAAGAUAUAUAACAACUGAAGUUAUAGCUGUUCUCUGAGCAUAUGGAAACAAAAAUGCUCUUUUAGAACUUCUGUAUCAAACAAUAAAGAAAGAAACCUAUUAUGCUCUCUGAGAUAGACUAGACGAUGCUCAGUUACCUUACCUUAACGGGCUAGGUCAAGUUGAAUUUCCUUACUUAAUGACUGAAAGAUCACAAUCAAUCAAGAAAGUCAUGAAAAUGGAUAAAAAAUUUAGCGAGAGGCUACUUUCAGCUCAUGAAUCUCUUCCUGAUAUUCAUAAGGGAAGACCUUUGGCAGGAGAACCUUUUGAUAAAGGAUACAUGUCAAAUAAAGAAACAGAGAGCUCCAAAAUCCUUCGGUUUAAUGAUGCAUUUAAGUACAUUAAGCCUCUUCCCACACAUUCCCGAACGGACAGAGAACAAGCAACUUCUACUUUCAGAGGAAGUCUUGGAGCUAAUUGGAAGGAACAACUUGUCAAACUCUCAGAUGAAGAUAAAAUUCAGGAGUCAAUCGCGCAAUUCAAAGAGCAUAAAUACCCUGAAUUAGAAGAAAACAAGAAAACGUUGAAGGACUUAAUUAAGGAAAAGAAUUCCAAAAUGAUCGAAUUAAUGGAUGAUCAGGAAAUGAGAGAAAGUGUGUACAAGCUCUUUCCCACUCCUCAUGAACUAAAAGAACGAAACGAGCAGCUGAAUAAAAGUAUUUCAGAGCAAGAAGAAGAGGAAGAAGAAUCUGAGAAUGAAGAAGAGAAGAAGAAAGAAUUCUGAAAUGCCAUAAUGAGAAAGUUACUCGAUCAAGGUGAUAAGGUUCCCUUUACAAUUGAAUUGAUGCCUUCUAAGAACCCCACUCAGGAAUUUAAUUCAGCAGUGCAGGUUAUAGAAGAGUCACAAGAUGUAGAGGCUUUGAAGAAUAGUUUCACAACGUUGAGAAAAAUUGUGGUAUUUCAUACGGAUUUGCUAAAAUAGCUCUCCGUUUAUACUAACUUCAGUAGUUGGAAGGCUCAAAAGGUAUAUCUCUUCUGACUCAAAUCAUCUCUUAAGUCAACAUGCACUAAAGACACUUUCAGAUAUAAUCAACAGUAUGCCUAUUCAAAUGAAGAAAUAUUUUGAAGAAUUUGUGAAGUUAAUUCUGACAAAAUAUAUGAAUUCUCAUGAUAAAUUACACCAUAUUGCCCAGAAGCAACCUGAGAAGGAGGAGGAAGAGCAAAAGGAUUACGAAAGUAAUCAAAGGGAUGAUCAGAAAUCUUCAGAUGAUAACAAGGAAUCAAAUGAUUUGACUCCUGGGGAAGAAGGAAAAGACUCUAGAGUUAAUAUUCUAACCCCAAAAGAACGGAAAUCUUAUUUGAGCAUUCAGAAAGAGUGCUUAGCUUCAUACCUAACUUUAAUCGAAUCUUGAGGCUCAACUAAAAGUUUUGAUUCAGGUCUAGAACUUCUUAUCCAAAUGGUUGAAAAUAUCCUCUCUGCUGCCCAUACCUAAUUCACCUGAGCGCGACUCCAAGUCCCAAGAGCUA